AUGGACGUGUCGAGGCUGUCGGUCGGCCCCAAAUGCGGCGCCCAGCUCCCGCGCGUGACGCGCAGCAGGGCGACGCAUACCAGUGCAUCUCCUCAGCUCUGCCGCAUCUUCCCGGCGGCUGCGAAACCUCCGGCGCGCCGCGGCGGGAGCGCCGUCGUGUGCUCAUCGCAGCAGAAAUCGCCCGUCAGCGUCGCCGAAGCCGAGGCGAACGCGAAGCGGUGGCAGGAGUCUGGUGGCGGGCAGGGCAGCCAGGACGAGUGGCGCUGGACGCUCAACUGGGACGAAAUCACGGACAAGAUCACCGUAGGGUCGUGCCCGCGCAGUCCAAGCGACGUGCAGGCCAUCGCGGAGAAGUCCGGCUGCACGGCCAUCCUCGGCCUGCAGUGCGACGACUGCCUCUCCGCCCUGGAGAUAGACUACAAGCAGCUCCGCGCGCGGGGCACGGAGCUCGGGGUGCAGAUGGUGCGCGUCCAGAUCCGGGACUUCGACAAGAACGACCAGACGUUCAUGCUGCCCGAGGCCGUCACCGUCCUCGCCUCGCUCAUCAAGCUCGGCCACAAGGUCUACGUGCACUGCACCGCAGGCAUCAACCGCGCGACGCUGACGACGGUGGGGUUCCUGACGUUCGUCGAGGGGAUGGAGCUGGAGCAGGCGGUGGGGCUGGUGCGGCACAAGCGGCCGCAGGCGCACCCGUACAUCGAGUGCUGGCAGGCGGCGCGGCGGCGCAUCCUGGCGCACCGGCGCGAGGAGGUGGGCAUGAUUGCGGGGGAGCUGUACGCGAUGCGCGUGCAGAACAACCAGGAGCUGGACGACCUCGCGGACUUCUACCUCGCGGAGCGCAUGCUCGUGCAGCGGUCGUUCCAGCGGCGCGUGCGCACGUACCUCGCGCUGUGGGAGUCGCAGCGGGAGCUCCUGACGGCGCAGCUCGAGAAGCAGUACGAGUCGGACAAGGAGGCCGCGGACAAGGAGGCGCAGCGGGUGGCCAGCAAGCUCGGCGGCGAGGUGCCGGCGCUGGGGGAGCUGGAGAGCCUCACGGGGGGCCUGAGCGGGCUGCAGCUGACGGAGAGUCUGACGGAGAUGGACGGGUCGCUGAGCGCGAUCCGCGGGCGGCUGCACGAGGCGCAGGGCAAGCUCGCGAUGGCUACGCGGGAGCUGCAGGAGGUGCGCUCGCGCGAGGCGCAGCGGCGGGCGAGCGGCUCGGAGCUGCUGUCGUCCACCGACGACGUGCUGGUCGACCUGAGCGCGAUCCGCGAGGAGGUCGCGAUGCUCGGCGGGCCGCGCCGGGCCGUCGGCGAGGAGGUCGACGAGGAGGAGGAGGUGCGGCAGCUGCGGCGCGCGCUGCGGCUCAUGUCGGAGACCACCAAGUGCCUGCUCGACGGCGGCAAGGAGGCCGAGUGCAAGCUCGGCGGGCUGUCCAACCUCCUCAUGUCGACGAACGACGACGAGGAGCUCAACGACGUGGCGGCACAGGUCGUCGAGGCGUUCGCAGCCCAGCGCGCGCAGGAGUGGCGUGAGAAGGAGCAGAAGAAACGCGAGGCCGAGGCCAACGGCAACGGCGCGUGA